GUGUCUCAUACACUAUGCAGGUCACGGUGCUGCUCUCGACGAACGUAGGCUUUCUGGCCAUUUCAAGCAUCGAUGCCGCCAGCAAAGCGCCACAUCGCAGCGUAGCUCAAAUCGCUAGCUACGCGUCGACCAUUCUUAGCUUGGCGUGCUAUCUCAUAUGUUGGACCCUCUCAAGACAACACCCCCCAGGUAGUAAUGGAACGGCGGAGGAGGCUGUAAGCGGAGCAUUCGUCUUACUCGCAUAGCGUCUUUUGACUGCGUGGCGCGUCUAGAUCAGAUAUCUGACCAAACGCGAGCGCAGCAUACUCGGCCUGGAAGCCGACGCGCUCAUAUACAGGUAA